AUGUUGCGUGAUUCUGGGCGAAUACAACGAAAUGACCAAACGAAAGGUCGUCAUCAUCUUCCGGAUCUGGUUCGUGAAGGACAGGCAGAAGCCAAACGAUUGGAACAAGAGGCCAUCCCAAAACUGCACGAGGGUCUUAAACCAUUGGGCAAAGAGGUCCUGAAAAUUGGUUUGCAAGUGAAGGAAGCACUCAGCGAAGUGCGUGAACUGAAAGCAAACUACUGGGAGAAGUACGAAGAAGAAUGCCAGCUUGCUGCCAUCUUUUUUGAGGAAGCCAUGAAUCGGUUGGAACGGCAUUUGAAAAGUGGCCAGCCGUAUCCAAAAGGUACCAUUACGACUGAAUUUACAAGAUACCAACAAGUCGCUCGACAACAUGACGAGAUUGAAGCCAAGGUUGAUGCUUCGGAUAUCGCCCAAACAUUGGACACACUCAUGGAAUCCAAAUACAGUGCUGCGGUCCUGGCAUUGGACGAAAAGGCACAUGAACUUGACACGCAACGAGCUCCAUGGGAAUUACGAUACUUUGCAACCUCGGAAAUGGACGAGUCCACGGGCAAGAUGACCCUUUCCGUCUCGAUUGGUGGAGACGAUAAUCGAAAGCAUUCCAAUGAUAACUCCUAUUCAUCCACCUUGGACGAUCAAUGCCGCCUUUGUCAUCAAACCAUUCCGGCCAAUCAGAACCGAGUGCGGUCCUUUGAAAGUUCUCUUAGAACAGCUGUCAUGUGCUCGGAAUGUUACAAAAUGACCUGCCGCGCCGAAUCCAUUGUAGACGAUGCCUUUCCCUUAUUCUUGACUACGACAGAUGGACACAACGACACAAACUUUUUGGAUGUGGCCAAGCAAGAACUUUUACACAUUUGGCCAUAUUGCGACCAUAUGCUCGUCACGGAGCAUGAUUCUCCCUUUGGAUUGCGACGACAAGCCAUGGGUUUGGCGGAACACAAAACACCAAAGGAAAAGAAGAAAUCAAACCCAACUACACUCCGAACGCUCUUGCCUCGCUUUUUAGACAGGGCCUAUCGCAACCGACCCUUGUUUGGUGUUCCACAAGAAGAUUCAGCAGCAUCCAACAAUGACCACAGCAGCCAUGGGAAUGUGAAUAGCCAACAAUUCCAUCUCACCAAGAUUCCAUAUCAAUGGUUCACGUACCAACAGGUUUGGCAAGUUGUCUGUACGCUGGCCAAUGGAAUGAUACCAGUACUACUGCCUAUUCAGAAGCUAUUAUCACUGCCACAAGAAGGAGACAGCAGUGGCCAGUCGGCAUUGUCAAACUCAUUGUUGUUGCGACCAGAGGUUGGAAUACUGUCGUCAGCCAGUCCCAUCUUUUUUGCAAUGCAAAUGGCCUGCAUUUCCCUUGGUCGAAUAUCGGUUGCCAUGGACACUAGCUGGAAGGCGAAUGAUGUCUGGAGGGCAUUGGACAAUGCAAAGGUUUCCACCUUGUUGCUAGAUCCCCAAGGAUUUCAAAUGCUCAUGACGGAUGAUGCAACUGCUCACAGGCUGCCAGCUUGCAUCCAAAAAGUCAUUGUAAUUGCAAGUGAUCCAUUCCAACCAAACAAGGACAUUGGAAAUAUUGGUCAAGCCUUUCAAUGCUACAAAGGAGAAAAGGCUUCCUUGGAGAUGCUUAUGGCCGAUGCAUCCGAAUGGUGGAAGGAAGAAUCGACCAAGUUUGCCAUACAGACAGUCGAGUCCUUUUCCAGUAAAAACAAAGCACUUCCUACAGAUGAAUACCUAUUUGGACUAUUCUCCAGUGGCACCAGUGGAUCCGGUGAUCACAAAGGAGUAUUGGUUUGGGAAAGUGCGUUUCGUGAAUCCAACGCAACGGCAAACUUUGACCACCCAGUUGUUGGGUGUCUGAAGAGUAGUCCGUCUUGGGCGAGUGGCAACGACAUUGUCUGGCAGACCAUGUUGGCCGGAGGUCGAAUUGGCUUUGCAGCAGCAGCAGCAGCAGCAGCGAGAUCAAAGGCGUUGUCAUUGUCGAUCUGGAAUCAUUUAUAUUCCAUCAAGCCGACUUGGCGCCUAUCAUUCGUCCCAGCAAUGGUGACAGAUCUGAUGGAAGAAUACUCGCAGGCGUUUGAAUUCUUUCGGCAGUACAAUGCGCACCCAAGUGAUGACGAUAACACAAUCGAAAAACGCCAACAUUGGGCUCGAGCAAAGGCGGCAGAAUAUUUGUACUCUUGUUUGGGGGGAUCCAUCGAGGUGAUUUCGGUUGGUGGUGCCAUGGUCAAUCAAUCACAUAUCGAAUUUCUCUCGCGAGUUCUUCCCUGUGAAAUCUAUCAAGGCUACGGCUCCACAGAAGGUGGUGGAAUUGCAAUUGCAAAUCAUAAUGACGACCGACUGAUACCACAUCAUCGAAUGAAAUUCCGCGUCGAAAGUCGGCCUGUACUUGGGUACACAAUGGACGACAAACCAUUUCCUCGUGGGGAACUAUUGAUUCUUGGCAAAGAGACUGCUCGUAUGGGUGAUUGGUUUGGGGAAGAUGAAACCGUGCAGGACCAGAGAAAGAAAUAUUCCGAUGAUGGGUACUAUUGUACUGGUGACAUCGUAGAGUACCACCCAGACGCCAACUCUUUUCGCAUUAUCGAUCGAGUAUCUUCACUUGUGAAGUUGCCAGAUGGUAUCUUUUUCUCGCCACACCGAGUGGAGACUUCCAUUGGCGACUUGACACCGUACGGUAUUUCUGGAUUCAUUGUCACCUCAACGUUGCAAGGUACCGUCGCUCUUGUCCUCGAGUCAUUUCAGCAAGCAGCCGAUGACGGCAAUGUUUUACUGGAAGUGCAGCGUCGGUGCCGAGAGUCAAACAUUGACGAACGAUGCAUUCCUCGCCAGUUGAUAGCUGACGAAGGCGGCGAUCAGUAUCCCGAUGAUUCAUCAAACGAGCGUCUUUGGAAAACGACUGGCUGCUAUACUGUUAGUGGAAAGUUGAUUAGGCAGCGUGUGUAUGAUCGGGUGAAGGACCUCUUGAUUGAAGCUGAUAAGAUGAAUGAUGUUGGACCUAUUGCUUCUUCGAUAGGCGCUGUGAACAAGGAGAAGGAAACAGCGCUGGCCUUGAUCGACGCUAUCGGAAUUCCUAGAGGCUCGCAAGAUGAUGCAGAAGAUAUUACAUCGUUGCCUUUGGAGAUAUUGGGAGUGAAUUCACUUUUGUGGGUCAAACUUCGCUCCUUCGUUCGGCAGUCCCUGGCUCAAAGAGGGCACUCAGGAACAAAGUUGCCAUUCUUUAACUUGAGUGAAAAGAAUAUGAUGGAUGUUGCUGGAUGGAUGACUGAUGUCAUAGUGAGUCAGCCCAGUGCAGGAUUAGGAUCUGUGCCUGUAGCUUCCGAGGUAGCUAUGGAGGCAACCGAUCUUCGCACACCACAAGAAGACCCUUCUUCUCAAGUGAAAAAUUCAAACCGGACGAUUGCUAGAGAAAAGGCAACUACUAAAGAUGGAAAGCAAGAACCUCCAAUCCCGAUGUCAUCACACUCUGUUAACAUGAAUGGCGAAGAGCUUUCAAAAAGAGCUGAAUUCAAACAGCAUGCGCACAAUAUCGACAAACUUGAAUCAGAACUAUUUCGGCUUGUCGAUGCCGAGAUACCACUGUCGUUUGAACGAUGCCAGUACGCGGAAUCAACUUGUUCUUCUGAAUUACAGAGGAUCUUUCUCACUGGUGCUACUGGUUUUCUGGGACGGCAUGUCCUUCGAUCAUUAUUAAUGAGGGGCGCAGAAGUGACCUGUCUUGUAAGGGGUAAAUCUGAUGAGGACGCACGGUCGCGUGUGAUCAGUGUGCUUUCAUCAAUUGGUAUGAAUGAAGAACCAUUAUUGGCUCGUUUGAAUAUUCUGACAGGCAACAUUUCGCUUGAAAAGUUUGGUCUUGAGCAGCAGGUUUAUGAUAUGCUCGCUUGCAAUACGGAUGCAAUCGUCCAUGCGGCCGCACAGGUCAAAAUGUGGAGCUUAGACACUGCUUUCGGCGACGCACAUGAGAUGCUGUAUACCAACACUCAAAGUUGUGUUUCCAUCUCCCGCCUGUCGGCAUGUGCCAAGCAAAUUGGGCGCCAAACCAUACCAGUCGUCUACACAUCUACCAAGUCUGUCGAAAAUGGAUUGUCGGAAGGAACAAGUGUUGGGGAAGCUGGUCUUUAUUACUCCUCUUCCACAAUGCGCCAGCAGCCGUAUACCAUCAGUAAGCUACUUGGAGAAACUGCACUGAUGUAUGGGAGUCGGAAGCAUCAAGGUUCACUCUGUAUUAUGCGACCACCACUGCUCACCUUCUCGUCAGGUGGUGACUCUAACGACUCGGAUUGGUUCGUGCGCCUUCUUUUGACGGUAAUGGACCUCGGACUAGCCCCAUCCCACGGACAAUCAGAAUUUCUGUCAAAACAAACGGUUUUCGAACCAGUCGACGAGUAUGCCAACAAGGUAGUGAAGGAAGUUUUUCAGCAAUUAGAAGAACAAAAGCUUGAGUCGACAAGUGAUGUGAAAUGGGCCGACGCUUAUGAAGAAGAGACAAAGCCAAAGCUUCGUAUUAGAGACAUCUUGUACCAUCUGGAAGGUGAUGUUGAACCAGUGCCCGCGUAUGCAUUCCGAUCGGCUGUCCUAUUUUCGGAACACCCUCUUCCAUUCCUGCCUCUUGCAAAGUCCCUGGUCGACCGAAGAGAUACAAGAGUAGAGAAUGACUUCGACGAGUCACUUCCUAUUGCCGUCGAAAAUGGGCAAAUACCACCUCUCUUGCAAGAAGGUCUAUUGGCUUUUUUGAAGACUCGCUGCCCUAGCAUCACAAUCAAGUCAAUUGGAGAUUAG